AUGGGGAAGAUCUUCCACUCACCCAACGUUAGUGGACAUGACGAUCCAAUAUCAUGGUCCUUGCCAUACCAUCGCGAAAAUCCCGGUAAACUUGAAGGUCACGAAAGAAGUUGGAAGUUCGUACCAGACAACGACACGAUAGCAGACCCUCUCCAGGACAUGAGGAUCGCUAAGGAUGCCAUCACAACACUGGGCUAUUUUGCAAAGGGAGGCAAGUACCAAAAUCAGCCAUUCUUCUUAGCCGUUGGGUUUAUUAGACCCCAUUUGCCAUUUAUAUCCCCAAUAUCAUAUUCAAAGCACUAUCCCCAAGAAAGCGUAAUCCUACCCCGGAACCCCUUACCACCUGUACACAUGCCGCCAGUUGCCUGGACGAAUAUUAACGAGUUAAGCCAGUACGAUGAUAUGGUGGCCCUCCAAGCCUCAGGCGCUAUAAACUCCAGUCUGCCGGAUAACACCACCCUUGGCCUUCGUAAAGCCUACUACAGCGCCGUCAGUUAUCUUGACGCAAUGGUUGGGAGUGUGCUCGAUGAACUGAAACGAUUAAACUUGGAUAACAAUACCAUCGUAUCACUUAUAGGUGAUCAUGGAUAUCACUUGGGAGAGCACGGCCUCUGGUGUAAGUUCACCAACUUCGAAUUGGCCACGCAUGCGCCAAUGAUAAUUCGUAUACCGGGAUUGACCGAUCAAGGAAUCGUGACAGAGAGUCUUGUUGAAAUGGUGGAUUUAUUCCCCACACUUGUGGAAGCUUCCGGUCUACCCAAACUGCCAGUAUGUCCACCCAAUUCAAAGUCGAUUUGA